AUUAUUUUAGCUGUAUUGUUCUGUAACUUUACUUUUAUGAAUUCAUCUGUUUCGUUUUUGAAAUGGGGCUGCGGGUAUUCUUUAGAAAUUGAUCUCCUGGAUCUCUUUUUUAUUGUAGAUUAUACGAUUAAAUUGUGUAUUGUAUCGAUUCCUUGUUCAUUUUGGGGAUGACCGACCCAGAAUAGCGAUUGUUGCAUAUUUUUUUGAGGGGGUUUUGUUUUUGAAUCUUUGAAAAUUUUUGGAUGGUGAAGAAGAGGAGAAAUUGUAACCAAAGAAAGGGGGAAGAGGAAUUAUACACGAAUUGUUUUCUAUAUAUAUUAGAUAGAUUGAGGAAAUGGGGGAGGAGGAAGUGCUUAUUUUGAAAACAGAAAAUUGGGAUGAAGUUAUGAUGCCAAUAGUUCCUAAGAAGAGGAAUGUUUCUAUUCCCAUUAUUCCCAAUUCCCCAGAAGUAAAAUGUUGCAGUUCUGGUUGUGCUUUUUCCAGAUUGGAACAUUGUAAUUUGGAGUCAUUAAAACGUUCUAAAUCAGCUAUGAAGCUUGGUGGUUUGAUAUUGUUUUAUACCAUAGCUAUAGUAGUAGAGAUUAUUGGUGGUUUGAGAGCUAAUAGUCUUGCUGUAAUGACCGAUGCAGUUCACUUGCUCAGUGAUGUUGCUGGUUUCGCUGCUUCCCUCUUUGCAGUUUGGGUUUCGGGUUGGGAGGCAACACCGCAACACUCGUUCGGGUAUAACCGUCUUGAAGUUUUAGGUGCCCUUGUGUCUGUACAGCUUAUAUGGCUGAUUUCGGGGGUCUUAAUCUACCAGGCAAUCAACCGGAUUCUUGGCCAAAAGACCAAGGUGGAUGGUUUUCUCAUGUUUGCCAUUGCAGCUUUUGGAUUCAUUCUUAACUUGUUUAUGGUUAUAUGGCUUGGCCAUAGCCACGACUCUCAUUCAUCUCAUUGUUGUCAUCAUGAUCAUCAUUCUCACUCUCAUCAACAUCACUUGGAUCAUGAAUCUGAUCAUGAGAAUGAGGAGAUUUACACAUUAACCAAACAAGAAGGUGGUUCUUUGGCUUCACAGGGCAAUAGUUCAACCUUGGACAUAAAUAUCCAAGGUGCUUAUCUUCAUGUCAUUACUGAUAUGAUUCAAUCUAUCGGUGUGAUGAUUGCUGGAGUUAUUCUAUGGUUUAAACCCGACUGGAUCGUUGUUGAUUUAAUCUGCACUCUUGUAUUUUCUGUUCUUUCUUUAGCUACUACUUUCUCUAUGCUUAGACAUACAGCUGGUAUAUUGAUGGAAGGAACACCUAAGGAGGUCAAUAUUGAGAUCCUAGAAAAUGACCUCAAGAACAUAAAAGGGGUCCAUGAUUUGCAUGACUUACACAUUUGGUCCAUAACGGUCGGAAAAGUCGUUUUGUCGUGCCAUGUUGUUGCCGAACCCGGAGUUUGUACUAGGGAGCUAAUUUUGAAGAUUAGAAACCUUUGCGAAAAGAGAUACAAUAUAGUUCAUACCACCAUACAAGUUGAGUAGGAGAAUGGGGAAGUGAAAGCAAUGGAAAGGGAAUGUGAUAAAUUGUACUUGUUGCCUUCAGUUAGUAUUAUUGAAUUAUCAUUCACAUGGCAUACAUCUACUCUUCUUUGAGUUCAACAAUAUAUGAGAUGGAAAACUCGAAUCUUUGAUCU